AAAUUAGAUGGAUCAGCAGUCUGAAAGAGUUUUUGAAAUUAAAAAAUGGAAUGCAGUUGCAUUGUGGAGUUGGGAUAUUAAAGUUGACAAUUGUGCCAUCUGCAAAAAUCAUAUAAUGGAAAAAUGUAUAGAAUGUGAUGCAUAAGAAGGAUAAGGAGAAUGUAUUGUUGCUUGGGGAACAUGUAAUCAUGUAUCAAAGGUUUUUUAUUUAAGGCAUAUCAUUUUCAUUGCAUUGAGAGAUGGUUAAAGAAUAGAUAAACAUGCCCAUUAGAUAAUCGAAAUUGGGAAUAUUAAAAAUAUGGAUGAGCG